AUGGCUGACCCUUCUUCCUCGUCCUCUGCUUCUGCUUCUUCCCAGCAAGAUGGAUCAGACUUCCUCCCCAGCAAUACUUGGUGGAAUCGUUCCGUCAACUUCUUCCGCAUGAUCACCGGUCGCAUGUCCCCCGGAGGCGCUCAGAAGUACUGGGCCGAUGCAGACGACCGAUAUAGCGCAUUCGAUUGCAAACGUUGCGAAGAGAGCCGGGAUUACCUGUUGAAAUACUCUCCAAUAAUCCGAUUCAUGAACGAGAAUAUCCAGAAACUGGGCGGCGAGUUGGGACCACAGAAUAUCCACUGCAGGACGUGCAGAGGCGACGAGGAGAAGAUGCAAGGAGGCUUUGACCAUAAAUACGGCAUCAAGAUAUGCGCAAAUUACGUGCAGGAACGGUCUGUCCUGGAGGAUGUCCUGGCGCAUGAGAUGGUGCACGCCUAUGACCAUCUGCGCUUCAAGACGAAUUUGACCCUGGAAGAUGAUCUGAGGCAUGCGGCGUGCUCAGAGGUCGGUCUCCGCCAAAGUGGCAAGACAUGUCAAGCUAAUGGAGUCACGCAGAUUCGAGCCAGCAACCUCAGCGGCGAAUGUCGCUGGGCCAACGAGUUCUUCCGCAACAAGAUCCUUUCUUUCACAAACCAUCACCAGGACUGCGUUCGACGAAGAGCGAUAAUCUCGGUCAUGGGUCGACCGAACUGUAAAGACGACGUGCAGGCUGUCAAAGUGGUCAAUGAGGUGUGGGACAGCUGUUUUCGGGAUACGAGACCGUUCGAUGAAAUAUACCGGUGA